AUGUCUAACACGAUAGAUACGUCCAAGUUGGCUUUGAUCCCCCAAGGGGCGGCCUAUGGCCUUCUCAUUGGCCUCAGCGUGUUGUUCUGUGGUGUCAUUUUGGUUGCCGUCAAGGUGCAGAAAGCAUAUCUUGCUGAAGAUUCUGGAAAAUCGGAAAUGUUCAUGGUUGCCAAUCGAUCCGUAGGGAGAGGACUGUGUGCAUCUGCAGUCUUCAGUUCCUGGAUGUGGAUCAACGAAACAGUAUUGUGCGCGGCAAUGACAUAUAGAUACGGUCUUGCGGUGCCUCUGUGGUGGGGAUCUGGUCUCUGUUUCCAAAUUGCACUGAUGGCAGCACUCGGUGUUAUGGCCAAGAUUCGGGUACCUUAUGCUCAUACAUCGCUUGAAGUGGUUCGGAUGCGCUAUGGCAGGAUUGGACAUCUCGUGUUUAUUGUGCUCAACCUCGUCAACAACGUCUUCGGCUGCGCCUCGAUGAUUAUGACGGGCUCUCAGCUAAUUCAUGGUGUUUCUGGCAUGCACUAUGUAGCGGCAACUAUCCUCGUUCCCUCGGAGGUCCGUCUUAUUUCUAUUCUGAGAAUAUCUCAGGAACCAAGAGCUAACCUCCUUAUAGUUGUCCUCUAUACAGCCGUCGGUGGCCUGAAGGCCACAUUCCUGACGGACUUUUUGCACACUGCUAUUGCCCUUAUUCUCAUCAUCUAUUUUACGAUCGCUGUUUUGACAAACUCGUCAGUUGGUGGACUAAGUGGCUUGUAUGAUAAACUUAUUGCAACAGCUGCGGAUAAUUACAUCCCCGGAAACUAUGAAGGUUCACUCCUUACAUUCAAGUCCAAGGAUGCAAUUAUUUGGGGGUUGAUUCUAAAAUUUGGAAACCUGGCACUUGUCGUCAUGGAUACCGCAUUUUGGCAAAAGUCCUUUGCGACGGAGGUCAAGGCAACAGUGCCAGGAUAUAAUAUAGCUGCAUUGGCUGUUUUCGGUAUCCCCUGGGGUCUGGGCACAGUCAUCGGGUUGGCAACGAGGGCAAUUCACGAUACACCAAUCUUUCCCACCUACCCUAGCUUGCUUACCGCCACUGAAGUUAGCUCGGGCAUGGUGAUGCCAUACACCAUCAAAGCACUCAUCGGAGACAAAGGCAUCAUUGGCUUCUUUUUCCUUUUGUUCAUGGCUUUGACAAGUACCGUUUCCUCCUCAAUGAUUGCUGUCAGUAGCAUCUUGUCUUAUGACAUCUAUAAGACAUACCUCAAUCCAAAGGCUACCGACAAGCAAAUUGUGGGAGUGAGCCACUUGACUGUGGUGAUCCACGGUGUCUUUAUCACCGGCAUCUCCAUCGCUCUCAAUUAUGGAGGGGCAAACAUGACAUGGAUCGGGUACCUGAGACCCAUCAUCUCAUGCCCGGGAAUUAUCCCUAUGAUUCUAACUUUGUUCUGGUCUCGGCAGACUCGGAUAGCUGCAAUUAUCUCUCCAGUUCUUGGCUUCUUUACAGGUCUCGCUGUCUGGUUGGCAACAACCGAGUAUAUGUAUGGCACUAUCAACAUCACGACCACUACAAAUCCUUAUCCGGCACUAUAUGCUGCCAUCGCUUCCUUCUUUACGCCGGCCCUCUAUUCCGUUGUACUGUCACUCUACAAACCUUAUAAGUUCGACUGGAGGGUGUUCCUUCGAAUUGAACUGGCAGAUCAAGCAAAAAUCCAGCCAACCCCCUCAGAUACUAGCACAUUGAACGAAAUCAGCGAGGAAGACCCCGCAAGUGAUUCGAAGGGUGUAGCUGAGUCUGUCAAACCAUUUGUUGAUAGUCAACCAGAAAGCAUCAACAACGACCCAGAGCAGAUUGACGACAAGAACGAAAAGAACGAUACGAAGCCGGCUUCGUCCCCAUCUUCCGUGGAAAUCAACCUCGACGAUAUUGAGCACCCAUUUGACGACGCAACAUUGAAAGAGCUGUACAGAUGGCUCAAAAUUGCUUGGUAUAUGUUCGGGGCUAUCGUGCUGGUCACGUUCGUUGCUUGGCCUCUUCCCCUAUAUCGCGACUACAUAUUCACGAAGUCAUUCUUCGGUGGUUGGGUAGUUGUUGGCAUCAUUUGGCAGUUCGCUGCUUUUGGGGCGGUUGUGAUUUUCCCACUUUAUGAUGGACGGCGGGAUAUUGCGAUCGGUGCGAGGGGUAUCUGGAAGUCUUCCAAAGAGUACAUAGACAGGGCCAAGAGGAGUUAG